UAGCACUGAUCGGUGCACGAUGCUCUGGCCAGGUCGCGGCCCCAGCCCUCGCGAGCAGUGCGCCGGGUUCUAGGAAACUGAAGAGACGAGCCUCCCUUGGCCAUGGCGCGGGGCGGGGCCAGAGGCUGUCCGUGCCCGUCGGAGACAUCCGCUUCCGGGGCCACGGCCGUUGGAGUGAGGGGCUCAGCAAGUCGGCCAGGCUACUUUCGGCAUCGCACCCCGCAAGCCAUACGCCUUAAGAAUCGGUUACCCUCGUUUUACUGUCGGUGUCGGUCUUCUCCGCCAAUCAUGCUGGAACAUCUGAGCUCGCUGCCCACCCAGAUGGAUUACAAGGGGCAGAAGCUAGCUGAACAGAUGUUUCAGGGAAUUAUUCUUUUUUCAGCAGUAGUUGGGUUUAUCUACGGGUAUGUGGCUGAACAGUUUGGGUGGACUGUCUACAUAGUUAUGGCUGGAUUUGCUUUCUCGUGUUUGCUGACACUUCCUCCGUGGCCCAUCUAUCGCCGACACCCCCUGAAGUGGUUGCCUGUUCAAGAAUUAGGCACAGAAGACAAGAAAUCUGGGGACAGAAAAAUUAAGAGGCAUGCUAAAAAUAACUGACUGGGGCUCACAUGAUUCAGCACCUGCUUUUGUUUCCUGUAAAACGAGCUGAAUUGCUUUCAUAACGAAAACAUGAGCGUAAGCCACCAUGUUCUUACGGGGCAGCUGUGCAGAGGCCUAGUUGUCCUUGUUUGAUUUCUAAUCCAGUUGUAUUUUCACUCCCAACUCUUACCAUCUAUCUCUUCAUCCUCCUUAUGGAGAACAGGAAAUAUAAAUAUGCAAUGCUUCUUUCAGGUGUACAUAAUGAAUAAACAUCUCAUAACUGGUA